UAGUGAAUGCACGUCCGGGGAGAGCGGAUAUAGUGAAUGCAGGGUCCGGGGAGACCAGAUAUAGUGAAUGCAGGGUCCGGGGAGAGCGGAUAUAGUGAAUGCAGGGUCCGGGGAGAGCGGAUAUAGUGAAUGCAGGGUCUGGGGAGAGCGGAUAUAGUGAAUGCAGGGUCCGGGGAGAGCAGAUAUAGUGAAUGCAGGGUCCGGGGAGACCAGAUAUAGGGAAUGCAGGGUCCGGGGAGAGCGGGGGAGACCAGAUAUAGUGAAUGCAGGGUCCGGGGAGACCGGAUAUAGUGAAUGCAGGGUCCUGGGACAGCGGAUAUAGUGAAUGGAGGGUCCGGGGAGAGCGGAUAUAGUGAAUGCGGGGUCCGGGGAGAGCGGAUAUAGUGAAUGCGGGGUCCGG